AUGCUAAACAUGGCAUCUUCUAAGGCUGAUCUUCUUCCCCACUCAGCAGCUACUCAGAAUGGUGUGGCCCUAUUUAUUUUCACAAUUCCCAUGGGAACUCGAAAUGAAGAUCUUUUUACUAGUUCCAUUUAUCGCUCAGUCCGGAACAACAUUGCCAGAAAGUGUCACUGCGAGCUCUCAGUUUUUGAUGGAAAUACCCUACUUCCUCUAAGCCAUUCAAUCCCUAAUAGGAACUAUGAUCAGCCCCCGACAGAUCUGUUGAUAAGCAUCGCUAAUCCUCAAGACGAAAUUCUAUUUACUCGGGGAAAUUGGGUAAUCCAAGUUGUUUACCUUACUGAGCCGAGUAGACACUAUCUUUUCCUUAAGUUGAUCAAUGAUUUUGCUACAAAAAUGAAGACAUUCAGUGACCCAAGGAACAAUUUGGGAAGAACGCCAAUUAGUCAGGGAUUCAAAUAUACCACUGUGGUAACUCUAGCUCACGAAAAACUUCGAGAUGCUUUCCAAGGUGAUAGAAAUGCCUUAGUUAAUGAAGACAUGAUCAAGAAAGCAAAAUCCCAAAGACAAAAGGCUGGAAAAGACUCCAUUUUGCCGAGAGAAUGGGGAGAGCUUCCUACGAUUAAAAUUGAAAAUACUUAUGAUGACAUGAGGAACCCUAUCUCCAACCUGAAAUUGCAACAAAGCGGAGACUUGAUGGUCAUGGAAGAUGGGAAUCUCCGAAAGGUUCGUGAACGCAUUGAAAAUCAAUUCACCACAGAAAACAAUCUGAAUCAGAAUGCUAGUUGUGUGGAAUGCGCUGAAAAUUCUGGAACCAGAGUGCAUAAAAAUGCUAAGAAAGAAUCAAGCUUGCAGACAAUAGAGCAUGAACUCGAAGGACUAGCGAAGAAGAUGAAUCUGGAAUAA